AGAGAAGAAGAAGAAGGAAAAAAGCGACGACAUCAAAAGGCGUCUCUGAGAGCUUGGAGCUACUGCUACCUAAUGUUUUGAUGCUUUCCUUAAUCUAAAAAGAUCUAAAAAAAAAAAAAAUGCCUAUGAAAGGGAGGUUUCCGAUCAGGAGGACUCUGGAAUAUCUCCAGAAGGGCGACAUCAUCUUUAAAAACAGAGUGAAGAUCAUGACUGUUAAUUACAACACACAUGGAGAGCUGAGCGACGGAGCAAGGAAGUUUGUGUUCUUCAAUAUUCCUCAGAUACAGUACAAAAACCCUUGGGUCCAAAUAAUGAUGUUCAAAAAUAUGACACCAGCACCGUUCUUAAAGUUCUACCUGGAUGAUGGGGAACAAGUUCUGGUGGAUGUUGAAGGGAGGGACCACAAACAAAUUUCACAACAUGUGAAGAAGAUUUUGUGCAAAUCAGAAGAAGUGUUACAAGGUGAAGCUCAAGAAAAGAUGCAAGCCUCCAACCCAGCCAACUUUGGGCCAAAAAAGUACUGUCUGAGGGAGUGUAUCUGUGAGGUGGAUGGCCAAGUGCCGUGUCCCAGCACCACACCGCUGCCCAAAGAGAUGACGGGCAAAUAUCGGGCAAAAAUGGCAGCAUCGCAAGAAUGAGAAGUUACGGAGGAGGUGUGACUAUUGUACGCAAACUGGACAUUCUAGUGUUUUCAUGUUAUAUUUGAUUUUGUACCAUUACAUAAAGAGACUACUCCAUUGUAUAUUUCCUUUGCAUAAAUGGGCUGAGCUGCACUUUGUGAGUUAGUAUCUGUAAGACCUUCCAGUCCACUUUAAGCAGCGUGAACUUACAAACACUGGGCUUGUUUGAGCAGGCAGACCAUGGUCUAGGUUUGAAUAACUUGACGCAUACACCUGAUAUGACAUUGGUUUCAAAGCCCAAAUAGCUCCUAAAUAAUCAUAUUUGCUACAUUUCUUUGCAGGAUCCACCUAAUUCACAAAAAGAAACUAUACAAACUUGUUUUUACAGAGACAUUUUUUUUUAUUGGCGCAGAGAUGACAUUAAUAAAAUGAUGUGUCAGA